CACGUGACUUUUACAUUCCACCGAAAGACUUCCGCGUUGAUGUCUCUUCCAAAUAAUAGCAACUGAUCAAUAAUCUGCUGAUAAUAAAUGUAGAAAAUGAUGGAAAUAUCCAGGACAAUACACAGAAUGAGUGUCGGAUUCAUCGGAGCGGGCCAGUUGGCCUUUGCGUUGGCUCGUGGGUUUACCGCUGCUGGUGUACUGGCUGGACACAAGAUUAUAGCAAGUUCACCAGAUCACGACUUGCCCACCGUUGGAGGUCUGAGGAAACUGGGUGUCAAUUUUACCUCUAGCAACAAGGAGGCAGUUCAGAAGUGUGAUGUGCUGUUCCUGGCCGUUAAACCACCUAUUAUCCCUUUCGUGCUGGAUGAGAUUGCUCCCGACAUUGAAGAUCGCCACCUGGUCGUGUCUUGUGCCGCUGGAGUCACCAUUAGCUCCAUAGAGAAGAAACUGUCCACCGUGCGCCAGUUUCCCAAGGUGAUCCGGCUGAUGACCAACACGCCAGUGAUAGUGCGGGAGGGCGCCACGGUGUACGCCACAGGCACGCACGCGGAUGUGGAGGACGGCAACCUGCUGGAGCAGCUGAUGGCCAGUGUGGGCUACUGCGUGGAGGUGGAGGAGGACCUCAUCGAUGCCGUCACCGGCCUCAGCGGCAGCGGCCCUGCCUAUGCUUUCACAGCUAUCGAUGCCUUGGCGGACGGUGGUGUAAAGAUGGGACUUACUCGAAGAUUAGCUGUUCGGCUUGGAGCUCAGGCAUUGCUGGGAGCAGCUAAGAUGUUGCUGGAUUCUGAGCAGCACCCAGGGCAACUGAAAGACAACGUGUGUUCACCUGGGGGGGCCACAAUCCACGCCAUUCACUUGCUGGAGAGCGGAGGGUUCCGCAGUCUCCUCAUCGAUGCUGUCGAGGCCUCCUGUAUAAGGACAAGGGAGCUCCAGUUUCUAGCAGACCAGGAUACGGCUCCCCCAGAAGCCAUUAAAAAGACCACGCUGAACAAAGUGAAACAGAGGGCCUCCAAAGCUGGGAUCAGCAUUUUCAACAAUAAGUACCCUGGGAGCAAGAGUCAAUAAAUACUGGAAGAUUGGCAUCUGCGGUUACAUUGAAAGGGACGACAGCAGGGUUACCAAACUACAGAUUGAAAUGAAGUGUAAAUGAAGAACAAUGUCUUUGUCACCACUUUGUCCUGGUUCUUAAUCUGCAAUUUGUUAAAAUAGGAAUGUCGAGGUACGAGUACAUACUUAAAAAAGCUCUGUUAAAUCAGGGGUUGAUGUGGGUGCUGUGUAUGAAGUAAAACUGCCUGUAUCUAUAGCAGUCACUGUUUCAUUUUCUUCGCCCUUCCUUGGGUAGAGACAUUUGGCUGUAAACUGAUUUGAGAUGUGUUGAAGCCAUUGAAAGGACCCAUGAGUAUCACUUUUCUUUUUCUUCCUUUCUUCCUAAAGUAGUUCCCUUGUUUACAAAACUAGUUGGCUCCUUUUGUAAUUUUUUUUCCUGGAAAAAUAUAUUUUUGUUUCACUGCUCUCGACUUUUCUGCCCUUUAGUUGGUUUCACAAAGAUGUACAUAUAGUCCUUUAAUCCCAUGAGUUUAACCACAUAGACUGCACUAAUCAAAUGUCAUCUAUUGGAGGCUAAUGUAUCUACUAGAGGCCAGUGAAUGUUGACUGCCAACAAUAUCUAUCCUAUGAAUAAUUUCUUUUCCAAAAAUCUUCCAAAAAACAAACCAUGUGGCACUUUAUUCAAUACACUUCAACCUUCCUCAACCUGUUUUGUUAUUAUAUUGAAGAACAUUUUUAAAAAUGUAUUAGAUGCAACGUGCACUUUUCCAGUGCGUUAGCUGUUACUUAUGAACCCAUCAUUUUCCAAGUGAUAAAGAUAUGAACCCCAGCAUUAUUUUAUUUUACUCUGGGACCAGUCAUUGUCGAUUCUACCAUGAGACAUUGUCAAUUUUACCUUAGACAAUGCCAAUACCAUAAGGCAUUGUCUAUUCUUCCAUUAGACAAUGUUGAUUCUACCAUAGAAAUGUCUCCACAAUUACCUUGUACAGGAAGAUGAGAGCAGACUUUUCAUGAACUUAUGUAGCUCAAUGAACGUGGCAAUACAAACUAAGGAUAUAAACUCUACUGCUGAAGAAGCCUAGUGGAUUAGAGGGCAAUUUCUUUGAUCCAGAAUACAGAAUGUGAACAAGAAUAACUUGGGAGAUUUCUUGAUUAAAGAGCUGUGUUGGGGAGUGAUGAAGGUACUGUCCAGUCUGUUUGGAGAGAAAUGUUCUUCAUAUUUUAACAAGAGAACUUCUUGAAGAAACGAGGAUUUAAAACAAAGUAAAACGUAUGAUUAUCAAUUGUGAGAAAGGGAAUCUUUUCCAAAAUUAAUUCUCUGCUCAAUUUUGUGUACCUUGGAUUGAAAGCAUCGGGUUGGAAAUAUGUUCCUAAUUACAUAGGCAAUGUAAUUAAUUGUAAUUACUUGUGUCUUAAGUGGUCUAAGAUCUGUGCAUAUGCAAUGUCAAAGCAUAUUUCGGAACACAGGACAAAAUAGUUUGUGUUUAGAGUUUGGGACUGAAGUUGAAUAUCUUCCCCAUUCAUUCAAUAACUCUAGGAUUUUUUUAAUUUGGGGGAUUGCAGAAUGUUCUAUCAAAUUAUUCACAGCAAAUUGAAUUGCUUUGGGAAGCGUUAUAUUUAAUGUGAGGCAAGAGCCAAGAAUCUUUUUUGUAUAAUGGAAUAAUUGAAACAAUCCUAAAUGUUAAUGGCCAUAGACUGUUGUGACUAUUCCUAUUUCCACAUGCAACUCAGCUGUUAGCAGGUGGCUCAAUUAGCCACGAUUGCUGAGUUUUUUGUUUUUUUUAAACCAUUCCUGAAUCUCCUGUAAAUGUUGUGGGUAUAUUUAUUCUCCAUUGUUUUGCAGUCUGACCAAAAGUGAAUCAUGUGAGCUGCUAGAAGUGACCUUUACUUGUGCAUUUCUGAAGAAUGGGCUAAUGUGAUUAAAUUCUAUACACUUGUGCCUCUGUGGUCAGUGGGGAAAUAUGACCAGAUUUUCUCCAGGUUAGCUCCAACAAAAAACCUCUCAGACUUGCAAACCCACAGCACGCUUUAAACGUGUCAGGAAAGUGCCUCCAAGAUUGUCGUUACAGUUCAUUAUUACUUAAGUAUUGCAUCUUUAUAGAUGUAUCGGCUUAUCCAGCAAAGUGAAGCUACUCUCCUUUUAUUAUAAAAGUGAAGAGUCACUGGUUAAUUUAUCAAGCCAGUCUUUUUAACAUAAGAAAUAAGCAUCAAUCAUUGAUACUAAAUUAUUUUGGUUUAUUACAAUAGAUAUUUUGCUGCAAGAAAAGACAAUAUUUACAAUAUACCAACAGAUAAAUACAUCCUUUGAGUCGAGAUUGAGGAAUAUACUACAGCAGGAAAUUUAUCAUUUGGAUACCUAAAGUGUUUUGGAGGGUAUUCUUGGAUAAAUCUGUGUGGGAAAAGGAAGCCUCACAAUUUUGUAUGCAAUUUGAAAAUUGCUACCAAGUUCAUCUGCUUCAGAGUUUGGACCAACUAAACUUCGACCUUUUAUUGCCUUUGGGACAAUUGCUUGUGCUCGAUGGUAGCUGUAGCGGCUGCAAUUGUGAAUGAGAGUAAACUUGUCCACAAUGCGUUAUGUACACUUGUGCAUACAUAUCUUGCACACAAAUACACAAUACUGUUAUGAUUCUGUGAAAUAAAAGCCAGCAUAAAGCAACAA